UCGGAUCGGAGAGCCACGCGUCCAUCAUGCCCAUCUGCAUAGUCUUUAAUACCGCUUCAAGAUGGCGGCCGCGUGUGACGUGAUCUCCACUCGACGAUUGUGGAACCACCACAGAAGAAGAAGGCGUUGAAAUAGACGCGUGAGGACGACGAGUCUUGAUCGAAGCGGGGAAUCAAAAAUCGUCCAAAUGUUGAAGGAUUUGGUGAGGGGGCGACUGCUCGCGGCCGCCGACGAAAUCUUCGGCCUGUUCCAAAGCACGAUCGCGUCGUACGAGGAGCAACUUCUUCGAGCGAGAGAGGAGAGCGAGCGGCAACGACGACAACUGGAAGCUUUUUCCAAGACGCGACUGGUGUCGCACGUCCCAGACGCGCCGGGGCCGAUGGGUCACCAAGCGCAACAAGUUCCCCCACAGCUCCAGGGCGCCCCUGCCGGUUCGGAGCACACGCAGCUCCUCCAAGUGAAAGUGGAGGAGGGGGCGACGGCUGUCCCCACGCAAGGUGAAGAAGCACCCCGUGAGUGGCAACACGUGAUGACGGAGACCAAAAGACGCCGCGGCGCCGCUCCGCAAGGAGACCGCCCCUUGGCGCCGCUGUCCGACAGCGACGACGUGGAAGAACUUUUGAGGAGCGGGACGGACAGCGAAGAAGAACUGGAGGGAAGCUCCAGUUUGGUGCAUGUCCAGCGUGGCCGCAUUAAGCAGGAAGAGGAAGAGGAGGAGGAGGAGUCCAGCAUCAGCGAGAUGCUGCUGAGCGGCGCCCCGGCGAAGAGCGAAGACGACGACAAAUCGCCCGACUGGUCGCCGCUUGAGCAUCAGAGCCCGACGCCGCGCGGCCGGUCGCACGCGAGCGCCCGCGCCGGGGAGAAACCCUUGAGCCGCUCUCGACGGAUUCACCUGGUGGCCCGCAUGAGGAAACGCGGGGGGGCGGGUUCCGAGGCGGCGCAGCGGGUCACGCGCGCCCCCGGCAAACCUCUCGUGCGCCCGCUUUGCGGCAAAAUCUCCUCCCGCCAGCAAAACGUCGGCGAUGACAUGCGUGCGCAGCCAGAAGACUCCUUUCCUCGCUCCGUUUGCCAGAAGCACUUCGCUCACAAGGCCACCCUGGAAGGACACAUGAGAGCGCACGCCUUGGAGCCCGCCUUCACCUGCUCCUUUUGCGGCAAAACUUUCUCUCGAGAGGCCUCGCUGGCCGCGCACGCGCAGAUCCACGCGGGGGGGAAAGCCUUCGCCUGCGCGCUGUGCGGCAGGAGGUUCUGCGUCCAGGCCAACAUGGCGGCGCACGUGAAAACGCACCGCGGCGAGAAACUGCUCUCGUGAAGCCGCGCCCAAACGCGCUGGUCCCAUUUGUCGCCGCGGUUGGAGACAAACCUGUACAUGGAGCAACUAACAUCUACACAACAAGAAAGCCACAAAAAUGGUCGAAAACUCCAAACGGGCCUUCAUCCAACCCGUUUUCCCGUUGUUGACGACGCAGCUACGCGGUACUCGGUCGGCUUUUGUUGUUCUACCCUGCAGGUGUGGCGCGAGAGCACUAAUUGUGAGUUCACGUCCAACGGACAGAACGAGCAAUCGAAUAACAUCAGCGCACCUUCAACAGGGGCGGGGGCGGUGGCCAAAACAUUCACACAAUAACAUCCAUUUCAUUCAUGUUAUUUUAUUUUCAUAAAUACGUCAACAAAAUUAUUCUCUGUAUUCUUGACGUCUUAUUAUUUCCACUUAGUCAAUUUUAA